CAACAUUAGGGAGUUGAAAGGAAAUUUGGACGUGUUCUUGAAUUGCGACCUUUAUCAAAUUAUUUGGAUCAAAUUGCCAGUUGUGACACCAAAAGGACCAAAGUGUAACAUCCGAAAAGCUACAAGGACUAAAAGGUGACUUUAUUGCGUAAACACAGCACAGCGGGGCAGACCAUCACUCGCUCAGCCUCUACUUCGACUCCAUCCUCCGCGUACUCUGCAACUUCACUUUAACACUCACCCAAAAAAAAUCGACAGACAAACAUCCAAGUCUUCUCUUCCAGACUGCUGCUCCCCGCCACAUCCACCGACGUCGGCGACAAAGUCCACACUGCCAUCAUUCGUCCUCUGCUUCCCCAUCCCUCCUUCAUGCUCCAUCGUUGUUGGCGUCGUCUCUCUCUUCUCGUCGGCUCUCUCAUCCUCACCCCUCUCUCUCUUUCUCUCUAUUCAGGCCAACAACAGUGAAGGAGACGACCUUGCCAGCCUCCAAAUUUGAGGUGGCUGACUUCAGAUUUAGAGGCCAAUCUCUCCCUCCCUCCCCAUUGCGAGGUUUUCAGUUCUCUCUAUGUCUCUCAAAUCCCAAUUUGGGAAUUUCAGUUGAGACCCAAAUUCAGAUGCUGAUUUGAGACUACAAAUUUGUACAUGGAGCUUGAGCUAGGAAAUUUCCAACCAUAUGUCUGAGAGAACGUAUCUCUGCGUGAGCCUGGAACAGCAAGCAAGGAAACACUGCUUGGUAACUUGCCUGCCAUUACAUUCAAGAAAUGUUGUAACAAUAUUUCCCUAUUGAAAUGUUUAAACUAUCAGUAAUAUUAGUAAAUCAAAUGACUGAGAAUUAAGAACUAUUACAAGUGAGACAAAAACGCGUAUACCUCUCCCAAUGUACAAUGCUUCUUUUCUUCAUUAAAGUGCCCACUGGAAGAACAUCACUUAAUUAUUCCUUUAUAUCUUUCAUUUUUACCUUUGAUUCCCCCUUCCCUUGGUCACCUUUCCUUUCUUUCAUAAUCAUACAACACAAAAAUCUCCCCGUCUCUCUCUCUCUCUCAAUAUUUUUUAUAUAGUCACAUAUAUAUAUAUAUGCACUUAUAUAUGGCUAUAGGUGCAAAUGAAAGCUCUGAAACCGCUUAUGUUCUUUCGUUCACCUCCAAAAUUCCAAUGCCUUCCCUCUAACACAGCCAAACUUUCAAUAUCUCGUUUCUCUUCUCUAUCUUCACCCAUGAAAAUCCCAAACCCAAAUGGAAACUCUCACAUAACAGAUUACCUUAUCAGUACCUUCAAAUUUACCAAAACCCAAGCGUCCUCAAUCUCGAAUCGCUUCUCCUGGGUCACAUCCCCUGAAAAGCCCCAAUCCGUCCGUAGCUUUCUUCGAGAGCUUGGAUUCUCCGAUACCCAUAUCCGCUCUGCUGUGCGUGGCUCACCCCAAAUCUUGUUUUCUAAUAUUGAUAAGACCCUAAGGCCAAAGCUUGAGUUCUUUCAACAGUUAGGUCUUUCCAGUUCUGAUCUCGCUAGUUUGAUUUCCAAGAAUUCCACGCUUUUGACUGUUAGUUUGGAAAGAAAAUUAGUACCCUGUAUUGAAAUUCUCAAGAAAAUCUUAGGGAAUGAUGAGAAUGCCAAGGAUUUGAUUCGGGUUUUGUGUAGAUGCAAUUGGGUAGUGAGGAAAGAUCCAGAAUCGAGAUUGUUGGGCAACAUUGCCUUUAUGGAGAGUUGUGGAAUUGUUGGUUCUCAGCUUACCAUGCUAUUGAAGAGGCAGCCAUGGCUUUUCAUUGUGCAAGAAUCUGUACUUAGAAGCCUUGUUUCACGGGUUCUGGAAAUGGGUUUCUCAUUGAAUUCUAGGAUGUUGGUUCAUGCUCUCUACACAGUCAGUUGUUUGCGCAGUGGGACAAUCAGCAGAAAACUGGACCUGCUUUGUAUUUUUGGCUUUUCAGAGGAUGAAUGUAUGGAAAUGUUUAGAAGAACUCCAGGUUUGCUUAGGACAUCAGAGGAGAAGUUAAAGUUAGGAAUUGAUUUCUUCUUGAACACGGUUAAGUUCAAAAAGUCAGUAUUAAUUCAUACACCUUGGAUUUUGAUGUUUAGCAUGGAGAACCGAGUGAUUGCCCGAUACAGGGUUUUAGAGGUUAUAAAGUCAAAACGGCUAUUGAAGAGGGAUCCAACUUUUUAUGGUGCACUUGUUUUGACAGAGGAGGAAUUUUUGGAUAAGUUUAUAUCAAGAUUUAGAGAUGACGCAGAGGUAUUGUUAGUAGCUUACAAAGCUCAUCUGCUGGAUUCUACUCAGGAAGAAGAUUCUUAGUACAAUUCAAUAUUUCAUCUUCCCAGGUGGGAGUUCUAGGCCACAUUUGAAUCAAGACUGUAUCACAUGGUGGUGGUUUUGGGUUCCGACGGAUCUGAAAAACCCCUUCGUGCCUUGUCUGGAGAAUGGGUUGUGAGUAGCCUGAAAGUUUUAAGGAUAUGCAGGAUCACCAUGACUACAUGAGAUACUUAAGAUUUGGAUAUUAUUUUUCAGUUUUUUUUUUUAUACGAGGUUAUGUUGCAUUGUUCUGGUUUUGAUUUGUCCGUGUUCUUUUUAAUAUCCCAUUUUUCAUUGUUUAAACAAAAAGAGAAGAGAAUAUAUCUAUGCUGAAAGGAUCAACACA